AUGGGACUGAAGGGGGCAUGGUGCUUCCGAUGGGGCAGGUGCCGAAGACAGCCAGGAACUGGAAAAGAAACAGGUCUGGAGUCAGUAGCCCCUAUAGAUCCAGAUCCCAGACCAGCUAUCAGCCCUGUUGUGGCUGAGGGAGCUGGGGCGACCUCCCUGGGGUCUGGUGCUUACUUCAGCAGAAAAGCUCGACUCUCCUUCCGUCACCAGCUGCACGACGUAGCAUCAGCCAACGACUCCACCAUUUGA